AUGCAACACGAACGUGACUUCUCUGCCGCCGGGCUUCAGCUACUUUUCAAAGCUGAAGAUCCAUCUGUGCAUUGCAGCACUGGGCACACUGAAUCACAACUAGCACCGUCAGACACAGCCAACAGUCAGCAAAAAAAUGACCGCGGAUACAGUCGCCACAACGCUUACGGCCAGACAUACACAAACACCUCCGACGAUGUCUAUUGCGACGUUUCUGCCCGAACCCCUCGCCACUGGUGGCUCAUCUUUCACGAUAAAUAUGAACUUUUCCCCCUAAUACUGGUGCUGGUCAAUGCCAUCCCCGUCGUGCUUGUAGGCGCUUAUACGUCCAAGCUAGCGGAGCAGCUUGCCAGCUACAGUUGUCUUCCUAACGGCGACUUUGUCAUUCCCGGGAAGGGGAGCCUGUGGGACAAGAAACUUUUUUUCACUGUCGAUAUACUUGUGUCCAAAGACGCGGGGUGGAGUUUUACGCAUGCCAAAGUCGUCGACAUUGCCUGGGACACCGUUGUCGGGCGGGGCGCUCAGCUCCUCCUCGCCUACAUGGCUUACCAUGUUUUCCACAAGGCGCUCGUUCAGGUCAUGGUGGAGCGACAAGUGGGAUUCCCGACAUAUGGUGCUGUGGCCUUCGACACCGGCAAAGUUUCGUCGCUCUGGGCCUUUCUUCAGGCGCUAACUUCCCGCGCUUUUCCACUAACCUCCCAUGGCCGCCGAGUCUUUACCGCCAUGUUUGUCUGCACGGCUUAUAUAGCGUCGAUACCAACUCUGCUCUCCGCCAUGACGGGUUACGUCGCCGUCUACAGCCCAUCGAUAGAGAUGCCGCCGACCUUGACUGCCCCAGGAGAGCCGGCUGCGCUAGAAAGUGAUUGGGAUUGUGCUCGCCAGGGGAAUUGCUCCAUUACACCGUGCUGGAGCACACCCUCGCCCGAUGGUCUCUUGGCGGCGUGGGGAACUGUGCACGACCAAAACCGCAAAAACAGUCCGAUACAGUCUCUACUUAUGCCGGUACCCAUACGAUACAAGGACACCAGCAAUGUUGUGGCAUACUAUGAGCGAUACAAGGCCGACUAUAACGCCGCCGCCAAAGAUCCACGCUGUCAGAAUAGUACGACUGGUCUAAAUGUCACCAUGCUGACGGAUUGUGGCCCAUUGAACAAGACGAGCGAGAUCCGAGAUAGUUUGAACUCCGCCGGAUCUAGCAGCAGGAUGAUUAAGUUGGACGCGCCAAUGCUCAACAUCGAGGUGUGGCCAUUUGAUGAAGCUACCAACAUGCCUUCCGCGUGGCUUUGCAAUGACCUGAUAAUAAAGACCGCCGAUCUCAACUCGCACAAGAACGUCACUGGUAUUUGCACGUCUGUCAACUCGAACUAUCAGUGGGGGUUCUCGUACCUCAUUCUCCUUAUCGUUUGCAUCCUGCAUCUUCUCUUUGCAGUCAUCAUGUACGCUCUCUGGCUAGAGGCAAGAAGGUGCAGUGUGGACGCAAUCUCCGCAUGGCGGAGAACGCCACUGAGGUGCGGUGCCGACGACGCCAGUCUGAAAACCCAGGACCUGGUCCGUAAGGCCGCUGCACGGCCGUCGAUUAUGACCAGCGCGAUCGCUAUAGUUAGCCAGGCCGAGCAGCAUUAUGGGGCCAAUGUGAGCAGUUGGACGAACAGUAAACUGAACAAAAGGGUCUGGCGAGGUAGUAAAGGCAUGCAAGCAAGGUAG